UCUCUUCCUUCGUCCUGAAUACGUUCUCGCGGUGGAAAAACCUACAAAGCGCCGACAACGGAGCCUCAUUCCGUAAAGGUUAACACGAUUCGAAACUUUGCUACGUCGCGAAGAUUCGGAUGAAUCGUUAAGCCGUAGAUUACGUGGAGCGUAAGCGGGUUGUUACUAUAGAAACGCUUGCGUAUUAGAACGAGCACGCUAAAUAGAGACUAGCUGCUGCGAUCGAAAAGGAAAAAUCAACGAUUAACGUUCAGGAGGGAGAAUUCAACAGCGCCGGGGAAUAAAUGACAGGAGAGUUGAUAGACUGAUUGGGACAAGCUUCGUGUUAGUCGAGGAGGGGAAAACUGAAAACGGCACAGAGAGAAUUCGUAAAAUAUAGCACCGUUACACGAACACAAACUUAAACGUGGGUGUUAAAUAAGCUUUAUGGAGAUUUGCAUGCACGGGCGUUGCAUGUCAGGAAGGCAGCAGGUCCAGAUUUAAUGCUCUGACUACAAGAAAACUGAAAUGAUAGUUGGAUUCAAAGCGGUUCACAGAGCGAAACUCUAAAACGAGUAUGCGAGUAUGUGUGUGGGUGACAUUUUAGCCUCUGAGGCUUUCGGAUGUGGAAGAAAACAUCCUUUGCCAUUUGAAAGUGAUUAAAGUAGGGGGUCGUCUGACAUCCUCCAAUUACAUCUGACCUUUCCUGGCAUGUUUCCAGACCGGGCAGGAUGGAUAAACACCACCCAAAUGUCGGUCUUGCUUUUUUUAACCUAAUGUGAUCCGUACAGACAGGAAUUCAGUAUUUAAAAAUCAUAUGAUUUCAAUCAUAUGACACAAAAAUGUCUUCAGAUCACAUUACCUUAAAUAAAGCAAACAUUAAGUAAAGUAAACCUUAAGCAAUUUUUGAUGUGUGUGACUGUUAAAAGCAAAUAUUUAUAUAUUUAAAAAAAUUUUUUUUUUUUAAACAUUGUGGUUCUUAGCAUUUCAGUGAGAAAAAAAUUACACCUUUUUUAUGUAAAAUAUUUGUGCAUUUCUGAAAUCUUUCCAGAAUUUCUGUUUAGUUCUUAAUUUGUUAUCUAUAAUUAAAAAGGAAAACAUGUUAAAUUGACACACUUUAAGCAAGAGUGAUUUAAAACGGUAAUUUUCCUAAAUCUAUAUCACUUGACAACAUAUUAUUUACCCCCUCAGUAACUUUCAAUAUCGAGGAGCUAAAUAUUUAAUACACGAAGGCCGUAUGUCAAACCACACGCACCACACUAUACACUACCAUACGUCUAAACAGUACGUGCCUUAAAAUCACCAUGGCAACGGAUUAUUUUGGCUCGAUACAGAGCGCGCCAAGGUGCGAUUUGGAACGCAUCCCCACAGCACAACUCAGAUUCGUGCUAGCUUUAAUUUCGGUUUCGUUUCUUCGGUUUUGAGGAGCGAACUUGCACUACGGUCAAUCUGAAGAGACAAGAUUAAUCAACGGAAAGUUCUCCUGACUGGUCAUCUUUAUCCUCUGAUCAAACAUUCCCAACCCGAUGGAAGUGGUUUCUUCCAGGAUGACUCCGCCCCCAUCCACACGACACCAGGGGUCACCGAAUGCUUUGAUGAGGACGAAAAUGAGGUAAAUCACAUGCUAUGGCCUUCAUAGUCACGAGAUCUCAACCCUGUUGAACACUUUUAGGAGAUUCUAGGAGUGUUAGUGGUGCUGUUAUAGAAAAUGAAUCAACAGGCAACAAGAAUUCAGCAGUGUUGUGGUAAAUGAUUCACUCUGCAUGAAUUUUAAAAGUGUAAUCGAACCUGAGGCCAGAGUAGGGGUGGCAACUGGGGUAGCAGUUGGCAUCCAUGGGGCGCGGCCAUACCAGCAACUUGAUCAUGUAGGCUAGCUUUAUGAGUAUUCACACAACACCAGAAGCCUUGACUAAUAUACUUUCGCUUUUGUUUUGGGCCUUGAUGUAUUUCAUUCUUGAGAUACACACCUUUAGCGCACGUACUGCAUAAAAUAGGGACAAAGUACAAGGAAGAUUAUAUGGGUGUUGAACAUGUGUUACUUAUAUAAAGAACCAUGUGACCGUGAGUCACUUCAAAAUCUAAACCAAGUAUGAUUGUUUACACACACGCACACAGUUUCAAGAGACUUGGUAUGCUAUAGGCGUUUCCACCACUAGAUGUGGAAGUCCAGGGUCCAGGACUGUUUGGUGAAUUCCCUGUUCAGAGACAUUUAUUUUAACUCACCACUUCAUUCAGUUUCGGUUCUAUUAUUUUGGGUUUUUUUUUUUUUUUUUUAGCUAGUUCUUUUGUUGUUUUUAGCUUCAUUCUCUAUAGACAGCAUUUCCCUUUUCCUCUGUGGCCUACUGUGGUGGUUUAAAAGGGUAUAGUGUUUUAAAAAAAAAAAAUCAUUUAACCUUUACAGCCUAAAAGUAAUGUUGAAUUAUCACCUAUUGGAUCAUGCAUUCGGUUCGUAUUAGAUCGUUACGUUCAUUAGUGACCUCCUUCGAAGAAAACCAUGAACAGAGUGGGGUGCAAAAGUUCUUGAGAAACAGGAUGUUUGUCAACAAAGAGAUUUGUGAGGAAAGUGCUUCCAGAACCGUAGCUCUGAAACAUGAAACCGUCACAAAACCUCUUUCACUUUUGAUUCAGCACUCAGACAGUCGUGCAUUUUUGAAGGCUGCUGCUCUACUCCUGGAAUGAUUGUUAAUGCAGACCGCAGGAUCACCAAUCCCCCACUGUUUGACCGUUGAACAAGACCCUUUAAUCUUCUACUUUAGAGGUCCUGACCCUACACUCAGGCAAAGCUAACUCAAUUUAAUUGCUGCACACUUGUGGCACAGCGAGUAGAAUUGCCUCCCUGGUUCUAGCUUGGCUUACUGUCUCUGCAGUGAGUCUGUUUGCCUGCAGGUUUUCGAAGGUUUCCUCCCCUUCUUUCCAACAUGCUGGUAGAUGAUUGAUGGAGUGGCGACUCUGAAUUGCCCCUAGGUGUGAAUUCGUAUAUGUGUGAGUGUGUGUGUAUAUUGGUUCCCUGAAUUGGACUGGUGUUUUAUCCAGGCCCUCAUGUCCAGUGUUCCCGAUAUCUUGACAAUUGAAUGAAUAUCAAUAGUGUUCUUAGCUUCUUCGAAUCCUUUGUGAUAGGGAAACCCUUAAGGCUUCCUAAGAAGGAAAAAACGAAGAACUGUUAAUGGUUUCUCCAUUGGGACCAACAAAUGAACUCUUUAGUAAUCUAAAUCAGGUCUUAAAGGGUUCGCUCAGAGGGUACUAGAUUUGACUUCAAGGGUUCAUUGGAUAAUGAAGGGUUUGUAGCUUCUUUAAAAGUGUUCUACUUGAAACCCUUUCUCAUAGGGAAACACAGUCGUACGCUCUUAGAAAAGAAAGGUUCUUCAAGAGUUCUUUAAGGGUUUAGUGAAUAAUUAAGGGAUCUAAGCUUCUUUCAAAGCGUUCCGCUUGGACCCCUUUCACAUUGGAAAACGUUCAGGUGUGCACUCUUAGAAAAAAAAAAAAGUUCUUCAAGAGUUCUUUAAGGGUUCGUCGAAUAAUUCAGGGUUCUUAGCUUCUUAAACGUGUUCUAAUCGGAACGUGUUCUCCUACAGGAAUACACAGUUGUGCAGUUUUAGAAAAAAGUUUCUUCAAGGGUUCUUUAAGGUUUUAGUGAAUAAUGAAAGGUUCUUAGAUUUGAAAAACAUGUUCUGCAUGGAACUUGUUCUCAUAAGAAAACAUUCAGUAGUACAACCCCAAUUCUGAAAAAGUUUGGACAGUGUGGAAAAUGCAAAAAAAAAAAAAAAGAGUCAUUUGGAAAGUCAGUUCAUCCUGUACUAUAUUGAAAACACAUUAUUAGCACAUUGUUUGAUGUUUUACUUUGUGAAUUUAAUUUAUUUUGGAAAAUGUACACUCGUUUCAAAUCCGAUGACUGCAAGACACUCCAAAAAAGUUGGGACAGUCGACUGUUUAUCACUGUGUAACAUCACCUUUUCUUUUAAUAACACUGAUUAAGCAUUCGAGCACUGAAGACACCAGUUGGUUAAGUUUAGUAAAUGGAAUUUUCUCCCAUUUUUCAUCCAUUAUGCGUUUCUUCAGCUGUGCAACUGUACGGGGCCUUCGGUGCCUUAUUUUGCGCUUCAUAAUGCGCCACACAUUCUCAAUCGGAGACAGGUCAGGACUGCAGGCAGGUCAUGCUCGCACCCGCGCUCUCUGCUUACGCAACCAUGCACUUGUAAUCCGGGCAGAAUGUGGUUUGGCGUUGUCCUGCUCAUGAUGGCAGCAUAUGUUGCUCCAAAAUGUGUACAUAUCUUUCUGCAUUAAUGGUGCCCUCACAGAUGUGCAAGUUACCCAUACCAUGGACCUGACGCUGAUAACAGCUUGGAUGGUCCUUUUCCUCUUUGGCCCGGAGAACACAACGGCUGUUUUGUACAAAAGCUACUUGAAAUCUUGACCCGUCGGACCACAAAACACAAUUCCACUGUGCUGCUGUCCAUCUCAGACGAGACUGAGUCCCGAGAUGUGGGUGGAGCUUCUGGACAGCGGUGAUGCAUGGCUUCUGCUUUGCAUAGUAAAGCCUUAACUUGCAUCUGUGGAUGCAGCGGCGAAUGGUGUUGAUUGACAAAGGUUUACCAAAGUAUUCCCGAGCCCAUGUCAGGAUCUCCAUUACAGACUGACGGUUUUUAAGGCAGUGACGUCUGAGGGAUCGGAGAUCACGCACAUUCAGAAGUGGUUUUUGGCCUUGCCUUUACACACUGAGAUUUAACAAGAUUUUCCUUCAAUCUUUUAAUUAUAUUGCGCACUGUAGAAGGUGAAAUGCCCAAAAUCCUCCCGAUUCGCCUUUGGCGAAUGUUGUUCUCAAAGUGUUGGAUUAUUUGCUGACCCGUCUUUACUCUUGAAGCACUGGGCCUUUUUUUUGAAUUCUCCUUAUAUAUUAUGAUUAGACGAUUGCCUCACCUGUUUCACAUCACCUUCUUAUUUCAACUUCACAUCGCUAUUAGUCCUAAAUGGCCCCUGUCCCAACUUUUUUGGAACGUAUUACAUGCGUCAAUUUCAAAAUAAAUGUUUACCUUCAAGAAACUACGCAGUUGAUUAGGUAAAACAUCAAAUACCUCGUCUUUAUACGUUUUUAGUUUAUAUACAAGUCAAAGUACAUUUACAAUUCACUCCUCUUUGUUUACAUUAGCAUUUUCCAUACUGUCCCAACCUUUUCAGAAUUGGGGUUGUACAAUCUUAGAAAAACAGCGUUCUUAGAUUCUUCUAGGUUUUAAGGAUUUAGAGAAUACUCAAGGCUUCUUAGCUUUUUUUUCCAGAGUGUUCUACUUGAAACAUGUUGUCAUAGGGAAACAUUCAGGUGUACACUCUUCAAAAAAAAGGUUUUUAAGGGUUCUUUAAGGGUUUAGUGACUAUUUAUGGGUUCUAUGGGGUUUUUUAAAGUGAUCUACUUGGAACACUUUCUCAUAGGGAAACAUUCAGAUGUCCACUCUUCGAAAAAAAAAAAAAAAAAAGGUUCUUCAAGGGGUCUUUAAGGUUUUAGUGACUAAGUAAUGUUUCUUAAGGUUUUUUUUAGGGGUUUACUUGAAGCACUUCCUCACAGGGAAACAUUCAUGUGUACUCUCUUAGAGGAAAAAAAAGGAGUUCUUCAAGGGUUCCUUAAUUUGAUUUAGUGGUCUUUUGCCCCGGUUAACAUUCAAACAUAAAGAACUAAGAGCCGCACUAAAACGCCGCCUUGGAUAAAUAAAUAGAUGGAGAGAUGGAGCAGCUGUCGCGGAAACAACGUCAAAACGAUCCCCUCCUCCCCAACGGGCACUGUGGCUUCAUCCCAAACCGCUUCCUACACCCUACACAAGUGCGCUGGAUAAAUGUAUGAAAUAAUGGCUUUUACACCCGUUGUAGUGCACUAGAUGUCCAUUGAGGACCGGUUUGUAGCUCAGCCAACGCAUCUCCGCGAUACAUGGUUGGAUCCCAAAUAGCUCUGUACUUCCUGUACACGUGCACUACAAAGGAUACGAAAGACACGGCGUCUGCGCGUUAGGUAGCGCCCUGGGUGUUUAUUUGGAAGGCGCUCUGAGAUUCAGGACCGCGGUCAGCGCCCAUAGCCGCUUUUUUUCCCUCGGUAAGUGGCCAUUGCUGGUUGCCAAUCGCCAAAGAGCAUCUGGAAAAGCAGAGAGAGAGAGAGAGAGAGUAAGAGAGAGAGGGAGAGGGAGAGGGCUGAAAAGAAAGUGCAUUUAUGAAAAAUAUACAUUUCUGAAAGCUUCGCAUUAUUUGUAACACUGUAAUUAGAUUCUAAAAGCAAAACACAGAAGAAAAGAAAAGAAAAGAAAAAGAAAGCAACAGUUACUCAGAGCGACUCUACAGGCUGUCGGGAAGCAGGUUAUUUCCAGACUAACGGAAAUUUCAUGGAGUGAAGUUUGAAGCUUUGAUGGCACAUCAAGUCGUCUCACUUUUCCGUCCGCGCCGGCGCGUCUCCGCGGCUCUUCUGUGACUCCACGGCGCGUAUUUUCUGCUCUCCCCCCUUCCCUUCCCCCUUCUUAAAUUUACCUUUAACUUCGAGCCACCAUGCUGGACCCGUCUUCGAGCGAGGAGGAAGAUGAGGUGGUGGAGGAAGAGCGCAAAGCGGCGGUGGUGGCGCCUCCAAAAGCCACCGGUAGCGCGCGGGUCUCAUCGAGCCGCUCCGGCCAGAGCGCGAGCGGUUCACAGCCCAGCCGCGGUGGUGGCCACGCGCGGCCCUCCAGCCCCGGACCCGCGGCCACCAGCGACAAGGAGAAAGACGAGGUGGAGAAGAUGCAGAGGGAGGAAGAGGAAAGAAAGAAGAGGUUGCAGCUCUACGUGUUCGUCAUGCGCUGCAUCGCGUACCCGUUCAACGCCAAGCAGCCCACGGACAUGGCGAGGCGGCAGCAGAAGAUCAGCAAACAGCACCUUCAGGUAGUAAAGGAUCGCUUCCAGGCCUUCUUGAAUGGAGACACGCAGAUCGUGGCAGAUGAGGCAUUCAUCAAUGCCGUCCAGAGCUAUUACGAGGUGUUUCUGAAGAGCGACCGGGUUUCCCGCAUGGUCCAGAGCGGCGGCUGCUCGGCCAACGACUCACGCGAGGUCUUUAAGAAGCACAUCGAGAAGCGAGUGCGCAGCUUACCCGAGAUCGACGGCCUGAGCAAGGAGACGGUGCUGAGCUCCUGGCUGGCUAAGUUCGACACCAUCUACCGCGGCGAGGAGGAUCCCCGGAAGCACCAGCAACGCAUCACGGCCAGUGCUGCCUCCGAGCUCAUCCUCAGCAAAGACCAGCUGUAUGAAAUGUUCCAGCAGAUCCUCGGCAUCAAGAAAUUUGAGCAUCAGCUGCUCUACAAUGCCUGCCAGCUGGACAACCCAGACGAGCAGGCCGCACAGAUCAGACGAGAACUCGAUGGCCGCCUUCAGAUGGCUGAUCAGAUAGCGAAAGCUGGGAAGUUCCCCAGGUUCAUGUCAAAGGACAUGGAGGUGCUGUACAUCGAAGAGCUGAAGUCGUCAGUGAACCUGCUCAUGGCCAAUCUGGAGAGCAUGCCCGUGUCUAAAGGAGGAGAGUUCAAGCUGCAGAAACUGAAGCGAGGCCACAACACAUCUAUCAUCGACAUGGGCCAGGAGGACGAGAACCAGCUCUCCAAGUCUGACGUGGUUCUUUCCUUUACGCUAGAGGUUGUGAUUAUGGAGGUUCAGGGUUUGAAGUCGCUCGCUCCCAACCGCAUCGUCUACUGCACCAUGGAAGUGGAAGGAGGCCAGAAACUCCAGACUGACCAAGCUGAAGCCUCCAAACCCACUUGGGGAACUCAAGGAGACUUCACCACCACACACCCGCUCCCUGCUGUCAAGGUGAAGCUGUUCACUGAGAGUACCGGAGUAUUGGCACUGGAAGACAAAGAGCUGGGAAGGGUUGUUUUACAUCCGACUCCCAACAGCCCCAAACAGUCCGAGUUACACAAGAUGACGGUGUCUAAAGGCUGCGCCGACAGCGACCUGAAGAUUAAACUUGCUGUACGCAUGGACAAACCUCAGAACAUGAAACACUGUGGAUACCUUUGGGCCAUCGGGAAGAACGUGUGGAAGAGGUGGAAGAAGAGGUUCUUUGUCUUGGUGCAGGUGAGUCAGUACAACUUCGCCAUGUGCAGCUACAGAGAGAAGAAGGCAGAACCUGUGGAGCUUCUCCAACUGGAUGGAUACACUGUGGACUACACCGACCCUCAGCCAGGUUUGGAUGGAGGCAGGACUUUCUUUAACGCUGUGAAGGAAGGCGACACUGUGAUUUUUGCCAGCGAUGAUGAGCAGGACCGGAUCCUGUGGGUUCAGGCCAUGUACAGAGCCACGGGCCAGUCACACAAACCCAUCCCUCCAACACAGGUCCAAAAACUCAACGCUAAAAAAGGAACAGCACCGCAGCUCGACGCUCCAAUUUCACAGUUCUACGCAGACCGUGCGCAGAAACACGGGAUGGACGAGUUCAUCUCGGCGAACCCCUGUAACUUCGAUCACUCCUCGCUGUUCGAGAUGGUGCAGCGCCUCACGUUGGACCACAGACUAAACGACUCCUACUCCUGCCUGGGUUGGUUUAGUCCUGGUCAGGUGUUUGUCCUGGACGAGUACUGUGCCAGAAACGGUGUACGGGGUUGUCACAGACACCUGUGCUACCUGAGUGACCUGUUAGAGAGAGCUGAGAACGGAGCGAUGAUCGACCCUACGCUGCUUCACUACAGCUUCGCGUUUUGUGCUUCACACGUACACGGCAACAGGCCUGAUGGAAUCGGCACUGUCACAGUGGAGGAACGCGAACGCUUCGAGGAGAUAAAAGAACGACUACGAGUGUUGCUCGAAAACCAGAUAACGCAUUUCAGGUACUGUUUUCCGUUUGGACGGCCAGAGGGAGCACUGAAGGCGACUCUCUCUCUGCUGGAAAGGGUGUUGAUGAAGGACAUCGUAACUCCGGUACCCCAAGAGGAGGUGAAGGCUGUGAUCAGGAAAUGUCUGGAACAGGCGGCACUGAUAAACUACCAGCGUUUAUCUGAGUACGCCAAAGUAGAAGGGAAAAAGAGAGAAAUGUAUGAGCAUCCUGUCUACUGCUUGGCGUCACAAGUGAUGGAUUUAACCAUUCUUGAGAAAUCUCAGAAGGAUCAGAAGGAUCCAGAGAAUGUAGGCCGCUUAAUUACGCCUGCCAAAAAACUGGAGGACACUCUCCGCCUGGCCGAGCUGGUCAUCGAGGUGCUGCAACAGAACGAGGAGCAUCACGCAGAGGCAUUUGCAUGGUGGUCUGACCUCAUGGUGGAACAUGCAGAGACGUUUCUUUCCCUCUACGCUGUGGACAUGGACGCAGCGCUGGAAGUCCAACCUCCAGACAGCUGGGACAGUUUUCCUCUCUUCCAGCUACUGAACGACUACCUGCGGCUCGACUAUAACCUGUGUAACGGGAAAUUCCACAAGCACCUGCAGGAUCUCUACGCUCCUCUAGUGGUGAGAUACGUGGACCUGAUGGAGUCCUCCAUCGCCCAGUCUAUACACCGGGGCUUCGAGCGUGAGUCCUGGGAGCCUGUAAAGAGUUUAACAAGUAAUCUGCCCAAUGUCAGCCUUCCAAUUGUGAACCUCCAAAUGCCCAAAGUUCCAAAUCUACCGGUGUCAGUUAAUCUGCCACCAGUGCAAAUACCUCUCUUUUCCACCCCCAGCUGGAUGACGGCCAUAUCGGACGCAGAUAACGGUUCGGGGACGUCUGAGGAUCUGUUCUGGAAGCUGGACGCUCUGCAGACGUUCAUCAGAGACCUGCACUGGCCUGAGGAGGAGUUCGCUAAACACCUGGAGAUGAGACUUAAACUCAUGUCCAGCGACAUGAUCGAGUCGUGCGUGAAAAGGACGAGGGUGGCGUUUGAAGUGAAGCUGCAGAAGAGCAGUCGGACCACAGACUUCCGCGUCCCUCAGUCCAUCUGCACCAUGUUUAACGUCAUGGUGGACGCCAGAGCCCAGUCUGCCAAACUGUGUGCCAUGGAACUCGGCCAGGAGCGACAGUAUCACUCUCAAAUCGACAACUUCAUCGAGGAGACGGUGAAGGAGAUGAUUACUUUACUGGUGGCAAAGUUUGUGGUGAUUUUGGAGAGCGUUCUGGCCAAACUGUCUCGGUACGAUGAGGGCACGCUGUUCUCCUCCUUCCUCUCGUUUACUGUCAAAGCCGCCUCAAAAUACGUGGAUGUACCUAAACCUGGCAUGGAUGUAGCCGACGCCUACGUGACGUUCGUCCGCCACUCUCAGGACAUCUUGCGGGAUAAGGUCAAUGAGGAGAUGUACAUAGAAAGAUUAUUUGAUCAAUGGUACACUAGCACGAUGAACCUACUGGGUACCUGGUUAACAGAUCGCAUGGACCUGCAGCUUCACCUGUACCAGCUGAAAAUCCUCAUUCGAAUUGUAAAGAAAAAAUACCGCGAUUUCCGUCUACAAGGCGUCCUCGACUCCACUCUGAACAGCAAGAUGUAUGAAACGGUGAAGAACAGGCUGAUGCUGGAAGAGGCCACGGCGUCUGUGAGGGAUGGAGGGAUGCAAGGCAUCUCUAUGAAGGACAGCGAUGAAGAAGACAAUUAGGCGCCACGUGGAGCGACCGUGUUUGGUGUAGUCUGCCGAAGCGAUGCAUGUACUCCGUUCGUCAUGCUUCCUUAAUAAUUUUUAAUUUCGAGUCUAACGACCGAUAAUGGGGGCCAAUGUUAAUUACUGAUAGGAGAUGAGAAAAACAAAAAAAUAUAUAUAUUAAAUGUUUGUCAGAAGAUUGUUGUAACAAACGGGGGGUUUGGGGGGUGGUAUGAUGAAUCAAAAUCUGUGUUUUACAAGUAAUAAUGUCCAAAAUGCGUUCCUAAAUGUUUCGAAGCAAUAUGGCGUACUACUUGUAAGCGAUGUUUUGCGUCAGAUGGUUAGGAAUGUAUGCCCUGUUGUGUCCCUGUUUAAUGCAAACGUGUACGGCGCUUCUUAUGUGUACUGUAAAUAUAUGAAUGGUACAUAAUUGUGCAUAGUCUCCGUUGGAGGGUUUUUUUCCCGACUGUAUGCCAAACGAAUUGAUUAUGUUGUAUUGAACUGGUUUGAGGUGUUUAAAGGUAGUGUUUACACAAUAAAUGAAUAGUCAAUCAAUAAUCACAGUAUCUCUGGUACCACAAGCCAUCUGGAACGGCCAUCUUUUUUUUUUUUUUUUUUUUUAAAUGAGUUAGUAGAUAUUUUAGAAAUGCAAUAUUCUGAAAUAAUUACGAUAUACUUUGACUAAUAUGGACAAUAUAUUUAUGUUUUUAUGUCAUUUUGUGAUUUAUAAAUAUGCUUUUUACAUAUUUUAUCUAUUAGCCAGUACAUAAUCUAAAGCCUCACUUUUCAUACCAUUCCUGCAAGUGAUUUUUUUUCUAUCUGGCUCUCGACAUUGUUGCUUUUCAUCAUAUCUGAUGCUGUGUAUUGCCCUUGGUGCAUCCAUGUUAUCUAAAAAAGAAAAAAUAUAUAUAUAAAAACAUCCAAAGAGCUCUGAA